AUGAAAGAAUUGCUAUACACUCAACUAGGCGCAUUAAUCUAUUUGGCCAAAAGUAUGGCUGUUUCUGAGAAAGAUUCACCAUAUGUUGACAGAGGGGCACUACAUUUUGAGCUUAAUGAAAAACAAAAACAAGAAUUGCGAGAGUCCUUUGAUCUGUUUGAUGAAGAUGGAUCUGGAACUAUAGACAUUAAGGAAAUAAAGAUAGCUUUAAGAGCAUUAGGAUUUGAAACAUCUCGUGAUGAAUUACGAAAACUAAUAGUCGAGUACGAUAAAGAUAGCACAGGCAUAAUUGAUUUCAAUGGAUUCUUGUCGCUGAUGACCAAAAAAAUUUCGGAAAAAGAUUCUAAAGAAGAUUUACUCAAAGCAUUCAGACUUUUUGACGAAGAAGGAAAUGGUCGUAUUUCAUUCAAAAAUUUAAAGAGAGUUGCAAAUAUUUUGUGUGAAAAUCUAACGGAUGAAGAACUUCAACCUUUAUAA